AGAGCCAUCUGCUGGAAACGGAUGUACGCAUUUUCGUAAACAUAACCCAAAUUUUAUUUUUUAACCUAUAAGUUUACACGUUUACUUUUAACUUUAUUUGUUGCAUUUUAAAAAUAAGUAUGGAACCGAAACGAUUGUUUAUAAGUGAUUUGCCGGAAAGUGCUACAGAAGAAGAUGUUAGAAAUAGAUUUAAGAAAUAUGGUGCUGUGACUGGUGUAGAUAUUAAAGAGAGGAAGGAAUUAGGACCAAGGAAUACCUCACAUUACUUUGCCUAUGUUUCACUGAAUGUGGAUAAUAUUUCUUUAGAUAAAUGUUUGAAUGAUGCCAAUAAUAAUGCAUGGCAUGGAGAAUAUGUAAGAAUAACUGUAGCCAGAGAAAAUUUCCUUGAUCGAUUAAAAAGAGAACGAGAGCAAACUAAGGAUACAGAUAAAGAUGCAUAUAAAGCACCUCCACAAGUUGAACAACAAGAUGUUAAUCAUUUCAGAAAAAUAAAUGAUAAUCAAGUGAAUAAUUUUAAUGAAGAUAGGGAAACCAAAUUAAGGAAUUUCAAUAAAUUUGAGGAUGAUUUUAGCUAUGACAAUAAUGUAAAUAACGUAAAGAAGAAACGUAAAUUUGUUGAGGAUGAUUAUGAAAAAGAUACACAUGAGGAGGAAUUCAAAGAACCUGAAGAGAAAACGCUGAAAUAUGAUCAUAAGGGUUUUGACUUUAAUGUGGAUAAAAUAACUCCAGAACUUUUUACAAAUGGUGAAAGUAGUGGCCCUAAAGGAUUCACAUUUGGUUUCAAAUCAAACCAUGAUCAAACAAGUAAUUUUGAGAAUGAAGUUCAUAAUGACGCAUCAAAUAUUAAUUUUAAUUCUUUCAAAACGAAAGAAAAUGAUUCUACGUAUACGGAAGAUUGCGUGAAUGGUGAUUAUUACAACGGGGAUGAUUAUUAUCAGGAAAAUGGUGAGCAAGGAAAUGAUGCCAAAAAUUCAAAAGAAUUGAUGCAUAGACAAAGGAAAUGGCAGCAGCAAUUCUUUUUUACUUAUAGUGACUCUAGAUUCGAAGAUGGUAAACAAUUGUUGGAGAAGAUAAGUAAUCUGAAUAAGAACAGAUUCCUGGAGGAUAGGAAAAUGAUGAAGCAUAUGGUCAAAAUACAGAAGAGAUCACAAUUGAAUUAUCAAAACUUCUUGCAAGAGAAAAGUAUGGAGAGGAUGGCGAAGGCGUCUAAUCGUAUUAUUGAAUAAUCUUCAAUUUUUAACAUAAAUUUAUUAUACAUGCGAUGGCUAUAUAAAAAAAACGGAUAAACAAUGAGUUUCAUUUUUACCUUCAGUUUCAAAUGUUUCUCUCAACAAAGUACAAAACAUUUGUAUUACAAUUUUUCUAACAGAACCUAAGGGCCAGUAGAAGGUAAAAUUAAUAUUGUAUAUAAACAUAACACGUAUAUUAAUAAUUAAAUAUAAAUUAACGAAAAUC